UGUCGGAGGCUCCCUGGGACUGGGGCCGGGAACGGCGUGUUUGCGCCCGCGUGUGCCUGAGCAAAGCCCCAAAUCGCUGGGGACGCCCUGGCCCGGGUGUGCGUGCGCCCGAGCGAGCUGCCACUGUAUUCUUGUAGUGAGAGCGGUGGAGCGGCGAGGGGAGGGGAGAGGGCACUGCCACUUUAAAAGUGGGGAAGUCCGCCCUCCUGAGGUAAUGGUAACCUCAGCCUCCUCCCCUCCUCCUGCCCGAGAGAGGGAGCGAGAGCGGGCGAGAGAGCGAGCGAGCAAACUUGUUUUCAUUCAUAACUUUUUCCUUUUCCUUCCUCGCCGUCAACUCUUUAUUUCCCGCUUGUCUCCGCGCGGAUUGCAGAGGGCGCAGCUCCACCGCGGUAGCCGGCGAUGUGGCGACGCCGCUCUGCAGCCCCUGCCCCUGGCUCGCUGCGCCCCGGCUCUUUAGGAAUCCGGCUUCUCCUUUAAAGUGUAGACAGCUAUUUAUUUAUAACCCUCCCUGACGUGGGCUUGCUUUUUGGCGCCCGCGUUCGCUCUGAAGGCUCUCACCGAUUUGUGAGCCUCCUUGGUGGCAUACGCCAAGAGGUUUUGGAAAUCCACGGUGAUCCUUAGGAUGUGAUGGGAUUGUCCGAAAAGGUAUUCGACUUCGAUUCGGGGGUUUCUUGGGGAAGACAGUCCGCCGAGAGCGUGUGAGCGUGUUUGGGGCUAGAUCGACGACUGUCACUGCUGGAAGAGGGGCUUUGCUUCAGAUCAGAGGCGGCCGAGUCUCUUCGCUCUUUCCUUUUAUCCGGUGGUCUCCGCCACCGGCCAGCGUGAACUUGGCCACAGCUAGCGUUUAAAACUCAGAUUCAAGUGCCUGGUGUUUUAUCUGCCCUCUUCAAAUACACCGUUUUUCCUUUCGUGUGGAAUCCGCCUUACUACCUUUAGGUACUCUUUGCUUUGAGAGCAUUGGGUUAAAAAGUGCUUUGCGAGGAGGAAUGAUAUUGUGCAGAGUAACGAUGGAAUCUUUUGAACAGCCCUUAAGGAUUCCAGGACUAAACCCAGCAGGUUGCGAAUGUGUUUCUCUUUCUGUACAGAGAAGGUAGAAGAAAGUAGAAACUCGAGAAUCUGAGUUGGGAGAAUGAGGGAGGGGAACGCCAAGAAGUUAACAUGUAAGACUUAGUCCGGGGACAUUGAGUGAAGUUAAGAGGUGAAAUGGACUUCUUUCCGCUUUAUUCCUUAAGCUAAUGUGUUUUGGCUCAAGGUAGUAGUGGGGAAUGGGCAUUUUUUUCUCUUCAUUCUUGAAUUGGAUCAAAUCUGUAGGCUUUGGGAGGAAUUUGUGUGAAAAAUGUUUUAGUCUACCAUUGACUGAAAACAAACGUUUUUAUGUUUGAUUGUUUUAUGAAGAAGACAUUAUAAAUUAGAAACUGUUAACUAUUGGUGUGGAAACAAAUGCUUAUUUUUAUCAGGAUAUUACUGUACUUUAUUACAAGAAGCACAUGGAUUCAGAGUUGGCAGUGCCUUUGAAAAUCAAAAUCUGUCAUGUAAAUACAGAUUUUUAAAUUAGAGGAAAUACGGAUAAUUAAAAUGGCCAGGAUUUCCCCAUACUACUAAAGGCCUAACACUUACUUGUGUGUGAAAGUUAUCUCGUUAGGAUUUCAGAUGCAUGCCAGGUUUCCGGAAUUCAAGAUCACUACACAUGGAUCCCCAAAAUCAACAUGGCAGUGGCAGUUCAAUAGUUGUGAUCCAGCAGCCUGCUUUGGAUAACCGUCAGAGGUUAGACUAUGAGAGAGAGAUUCAGCCUGCCGCUAUUUUGUCCUUAGACCAGAUCAAGGCCAUCAGAGGCAGCAAUGAGUACACAGAAGGGCCAUCAGUGGUGAAAAGACCUGCUCUUCGAACAGCACCAAGACAAGAAAAGCAUGAAAGGACUCAUGAAAUCAUACCAAUUAAUGUGAAUAAUAACUAUGAGCAUAGACCUACCAGCCACCUGGGACAUGCGGGACUCUCAAAUAAUACCAGAGGCCCCAUAUUGAGCAGGUCAACCAGCACUGGAAGUGCAGCCAGUUCUGGGAGCAACAGCAGUGCCUCUUCUGAGCAGGGGCUGUUAGGAAGGUCACCGCCAACCAGACCAGUCUCUGGUCACAGGUCUGAAAGGGCAAUCCGGACCCAGCCCAAGCAACUGAUUGUGGAUGACUUAAAGGGUUCCCUGAAAGAGGACCUGACACAGCACAAGUUCAUUUGUGAACAGUGUGGGAAGUGCAAGUGCGGAGAAUGCACAGCUCCCAGGACCCUGCCAUCCUGUUUGGCCUGUAACCGGCAGUGCCUUUGCUCUGCUGAGAGCAUGGUGGAAUAUGGAACCUGCAUGUGCUUGGUCAAGGGCAUCUUCUACCACUGCUCCAAUGACGAUGAAGGGGAUUCUUACUCGGAUAAUCCUUGCUCCUGUUCACAGUCACACUGCUGCUCUAGGUACCUGUGUAUGGGAGCCAUGUCUCUGUUUUUACCUUGCUUACUCUGUUACCCUCCUGCUAAGGGAUGCCUGAAGCUGUGCAGGGGGUGUUAUGACUGGAUCCAUCGCCCAGGGUGCAGAUGUAAGAACUCCAACACGGUCUAUUGUAAGCUGGAGGGCUGCCCCUCCCGGGGUCAGGGUAAACCAUCAUGAUUUUUGGAGGUGGGUUGGGCCUCCUGAACUUCUAGCUUUCAAGCUGUGGCUGUUAUGAAAAGAUCCUGUUAGAUACUGGUUUUAUUUUCUUUGCAGUUUUUCCCUGUUGCCCACAUUCUCUCCCCCUCUUCCCAAGGUUUGACUCAUGGAUUUUACUCUAAUGGUUGAUCUUCAGUAACAGUGAACUGUGAAACUGCACCUGGCUCCCCCUUAUGACAAGAGCCUCUGCCAUCCGCUCGAGAGGAUAUUGAGAGCCAGUGGGCUUUUGUGUAGCCUUUUUGUUCUGCAAGCAACUUUCCAAAGUUGUACACAUGAACAUACCCACACACACACCCAGACUACAGUGAUUUAGAGCUGUUUUUGAUUGGGUACUCUGGGAGCAGGGAAAUUGGUUUUUUAAAGAGGCAACCAUUUAAUUGCUUAAAUAAGCUAUGUAUUAAAUCUGUCUCCAAUUAGGGCUCUCUUCAUAGCAUUGGACCCUUAAGUAGCAAGGGGGAUAUGUUGCUGUUAUAACAUUAAAAUUCUCCUUUAACCACUGCCUUCUCCUUCUUGCCCCUCAACGUUCUCUCCCCUCAGUUCUGGCAUUAUCUUAUCUUAGAGAUGCCAGUUUUGUUUUCUGGGUUUUUUUCCCGUGUAAUUUUAGAUUCGCUUUACAACAUGAAUCUUCACAUUGGAGAUAUAUUAGUUGUAUCUUGUUCAUCCUCAUUCAAAGCUUUCAUAUUUGUGAAGGACUCGGCUCCCUUCCGUACCCCCACGCUUUUCACCAAAUUACUCUUGUCACUGAGGGCACUUGGAUGACUGAAGUUGAUAUUUAUAGCUGAUCGAUCUAUACGUGUCACAGAACUAUGCUGCCUAAAGUGAUCUUGGCUCCUUAAUGGUUUUUGGACCCUUUGGUUAGUUAACAGCUGAGUAGUUCUAAUCUUUUCUGUUUUCAUUGCCUUAACCACAAAUUGUGGUGCUUUUUGUAUAUUUUAUGUAUAAAUCACAAAGUUGAAUUCUGACUAUUUUUAAGACAAAAGUCUGUUAAACUUUUUUAUUGUAAAGAAUAUUUAUUAUGCGAAUCUAUUAUUUUAUGAUAUUUAUUGCAAAAACUGUUGAAAUGUACUCAUGUCUGAAUAUAACAAAAUAUCAAUACAUAACGGAAAAUAAGGUGACACCAAGAAAGUACAUAUGUUAACUAUAAUGCAGAAAAUAUAUUAAUUAAUGAA